CAAGCGCACGGUGGCGGAGCGCGAUGGCCAGUGCUGGGGUCUGCGGGCGGCCGGCGAUGGGGCGGCCUGUGCUGCUGUUCCUUGCGGUGUGCGCUGCGGCCGUCCAUGGGCUCUAUUUCCACAUCGGCGAGACCGAGAAACGCUGCUUCAUCGAGGAGAUCCCCGACGAGACCAUGGUCAUCGGCAACUAUCGAACCCAGAUGUGGGAUAAGCAGAAGGAGGUCUUCCUGCCCUCGACUCCGGGGCUGGGCAUGCACGUGGAAGUGAAGGACCCGGACGGCAAGGUGGUCCUGUCCCGGCAAUACGGGUCCGAAGGUCGCUUCACAUUCACCUCCCACACUCCCGGUGACCAUCAGAUCUGCCUGCACUCCAACUCCACUAGGAUGGCUCUCUUCGCGGGUGGUAAACUGCGUGUGCACUUGGAUAUCCAGGUUGGGGAACAUGCCAAUAACUAUCCUGAGAUUGCUGCUAAGGACAAACUGACAGAGCUGCAGCUCCGAGCCCGCCAGUUACUUGAUCAGGUGGAACAGAUCCAGAAGGAGCAGGAUUAUCAGAGGUAUCGUGAAGAACGCUUCCGUCUGACCAGUGAGAGCACCAACCAGAGAGUCCUGUGGUGGUCUAUUGCUCAGACGGUCAUCCUCAUCCUCACUGGUAUCUGGCAGAUGCGUCAUCUCAAGAGCUUCUUUGAGGCCAAGAAGCUGGUAUAAUAUCCACUCAACAUAGUCUUUCCUUUUCUCCUCAAUUAUUUGGUACUUUCCUCAUCUAAUCCCUUUCCCACCUAGAUUUUGAGGGGAGGAGGGGGGGAGAAAUUAUUAUGUCACCUUGGUAUCCUGGCAACAGACCAUUCAGAUCAGCUCUUUGUUAGCCUAGACCUCACGGAGACAGUCCAAGCUUUCAAACUCUUAGGGUUUGGGAGGAGUUGGAAUUAACUCAAGACCAAGUCCUGUUUCUUUUUCCUACACUGAUUCCCACCCUUUCUCUUUGCUUACAUAGUAGGCAAUUGACAUGCCCUGUGAAAAAGCCCUGCCUUUUUACUCCUGGUCAGUCCUGGGUUCCCUUAAUGGCUUUGUGAAUGUAAAUAAGGGGCAAGUCUUGGCCCUAGAGAAUUGAGAUGUUUUUCUAUAUAUUAGAACUAUUUUUUGAUAUAUAUAUAUCUAUUUUCUUUCUUCUUUGAAGUGUUUCUGCCUGUAACUAACACCAACCUAGUCUUUGUGCAUUCUGUUUAUUCACACAUAUUUUAAUAACUGCCAUGGCAUCUCUCUGGAUUUCAUCAGAUGUUAAAUUGCAGAUGCUAGAUGCUAACGUCUAACAGAAAAGUGUCAGAAGGCCAAGCAGAGUUCUUGUGGACACUUGUGAUUCCUAUUCCACAAGGCCUUAGUCAGAGCUAAGAUAGUGACAGAGCUGGCACAGGGCAGUACACUCUUUCUCCUCCCUGGUCUCCUGAGUUUUAUUAACUGUGGUAAAUGUUUUCUUCAAGGGAAUCAGAUUUGGUUCUUUAUACAGAUUUUUUUCCCCCAAUGAAAUAAAACAUUGUAGUAGCUGUGUAUGAGAUGAAAUAAACAGUUGUGGGCAGAGGGGAGGCAAAAAGAGAGGGGAAAGGUUCUUGUCCUGAACUGCUUAUAUGGAUAACUGAAGUGGACUUCAGUUCAUCAAGCAGAUCUGCUCCCGGAGCCUACCAAUGGAUGGGGUAUUGCUUAAUUGUUUUCAAAGGUCAACCAAGUAGACAACGUGUCAGCAAGGAACUGCCUGAGUAAAUGAAGUACUUGGUUUCUUAACCUCUGAAUCAUAAGCUUGAACAGCUCUUAGUACACUCCACUCAUGUCUUCUCCUUUAUGGAACCUCAUACCAUUAGUUGCCCAUUCUUGACAUUUUAUUGCAUAAUUUUAUUACAUAUUUAUUUGAAAUAUUUAUUAAAUUUCUUUAUCU